AUGUCUAAGGAUAUUCUGUCACUAAUGGGUAAAAAUGUUUGCAUGAAAAGACACUCCGCACUCAGUUCAAAAACUAAAACUCCAGCUUCGAUAUUGGGUAAGGCAGGGGCAACUUUAGUUGAAGAAUUGAAAGGAUGGGACAUUAGUUUGGAUUGCAUUAGUGAUAUGCCACCAAAGAUUCAAAAUGAUCAGGAAAGUUUUAAAGUAGCUGGAUUUGAUUUGGAUGGCACCUUGAUACUCACUAAAUCAGGCAGCACAUUUCCAAAACACGAAAGGGACUGGAAAUGGUUCGAUACCAAUACCAUUAGAAAACUUCAAGAGCUUGCAUCUCAAGAUUACCUAAUCGUAGUCUUCAGUAACCAAGGAGGAUUUCCUGUGAAAUCUACUAGUAAGAGAUUCUUACAAUUCGUUACUAAAUGGAACGAAAUUCGGAGGCAAUUGGAAGAAUUGGAUAGUAACUUUCAAGAUCGCAUAUUCAUGAUAGCCGCUCCAAAAGUCAACUUGGAAGAACCACCCAAAUAUCGAAAACCUGAAAUUGGGAUGUGGAAUUAUUUCCUGGAGCGUGUCCAAGUUCCUUGUUCGAGCCCAAAAGAUGCAAAAAAUAUUGACCUCUCUAGCUCGUUUUUCGUGGGAGACGCCGCUGGAAGAAAGACAGACUUUAGUGACAGCGAUAAAGCAUUCGCACAGACUAUUGGCAUCCAAUUCCAAACUCCUGAAACGUUUUUCCGGAAAUGA